AUGGAUGGCAACCCGACGCCAUACAAAUAUAGCCAACUCGACCAUGGUGGUAAUUUCUUCAGGGUUGCACGACUCAAAGCUGCCAAGGAACGCGGCGCUGAGAUCGAUUGUGAUCUUGUCGACGCGCAGAUUGGAGACGGAACAGACUAUGAAGCAGUCUCUUACACCUGGGGCACAGACAAGGAUGCGGACUUCGUGGUCAUCAAUGAAGAACGACUGGGCAUCGGGCUCAAUCUCAGCCUGAUCCUUCGCGACCUCCGACUUGUCAAUGAAGAUCGCGUCUUGUGGAUAGAUGCCAUCUGCAUUGACCAGGGCAACAUCCCAGAGAGAAGUCAUCAAGUACAGCGAAUGGGUGACAUCUUUCGGUUCGCUCGGCAGGUCUUGUUCUGCGUUGGAAGACCCACGGAGAUGACGGAUCUGCUCUUCGCGGUGUUACGCGAGCUGCAUACUUGUCUGGUGGAUGGCGACCAUGAGCCAACAGACUCAAGGAGCACGGCAGAGGCCAGGAGCACGGACGUUCUGCGAAUCCUCCAAAAGCGACACUAUGCGCUCAUGCCAAGAGUGCAACAAGGCUUUGAUAUCAUAUUCCAGCAGUCAUGGUUUUACAGGGUCUGGAUCGUACAGGAAGUCGCGAAUGCCGGCCAGGGACGAAUCCAUUGUGGCUCUCCAUCCCUGGCUACCGACGUGUUCCUCGCGGGCCUUCGUUUCUUCAACGUGACACCACCUCCGCACUGCCAACAGAUCCUCGACAUGCUGCCGGGUCAGAAUAGGACGGCUGAUCGACAACCUCUCUUCUCUUUGCUGCAACGUCUGGCGGCAUCGCAGGCGAGUGAUGCUCGGGACAAAGUCUGGGCGCUUUUGGACUUGUGUUCCGACCUCGAAGCCAAGACAGCGCUCAAACCAGACUAUGGAAAAAGCGAGGCCUUACUUGUCCUCGACAUGAUCACGUAUUUCUGCGGUUGCGAAACUACACUCAUCGCUCCUCGAGCAUGGACUGAGUUGAGCCAAUUCCUGCCUUGUAUCGAGAAUUUGUACAAUACCGUCUUGGAGUGGGUCAUUGCUGCGGACGACACCGUCAACCUUGAGGUGCUGCUCGCAAGCGAUGGCGACAAGGGGACAAUCGACUUGCGAGUGCUUUAUUCCGCAAUCGAAAAUCCCAAGUCGUCUGGACGACUCAUUAUGUCGUCCGCAGGCUGCUGGAGCUCGGAACAAACGCAAAACGCCGCUGGACCUUAA